UAAGACAUUCCACUGUCAAUUGGAAAAUGCCUACACGUUUUACCAAAAAAAAAAAAAUUUAUAUGUAUGUGUCGCAUGUCUGCUCCAUCUCCCCACUAAAGAUCCCCAAAGGUCCAAUUCAGAGAUGUACAUAUACAUACGUGUAUUUGGAGGCGGCUAUAUUUAUGCCUUCCGUUGACAGCUUUAGCAUCAGCACCUACACACGAAAAUAGUCUGCAAAGUCCCAAAAUACAGAAAUGUGUAUAUGAAAGUUGCGAUUAGCUUUGAUCCAUUUAGGCAUUCGUGUUCCCCGGCAAAUUUGUGCAUAGAUAAAUAAAUUAGGAAAGCGGACGAUUAAUUAAACAAUUCAUUGAAAGUGUCACAAUAUUUAGCGGUGAAUCAACUAUCUAUAUUUUAAAGAUCAGGAAUGUGCAAACUAUUUAAAUAUCGAAGGAACCUAGGAGAAUUCUCUGCCCUUGACAUUUUUGGAUUGUUAGAUCAAAACAAAAUUAAAUACACACCCGAAUAACACAAAUGAAUUAUGCCAGAUUCGAAAGUAACGAGUAAUAGAAGGAAGAGUAAUAGCCAUGCCAGCCUGCUCCUGACCACAUCCUCCACUCAUGUGCAGCACGCGGAAAGCCACGCCAGUGGCCAUCGAGGUAGCGUCAGGACGCCGGAUGAGAAUGACCAAAAUAGCUCGCUGCUCUCCAAUGACUUUGUCCUGAUGCUGGACUGCUCGCCAAGUCCACAGGAUGUGUUCUGCGAAAAUACGCCGGAGUUCAGGACUUCGUGGCUGUGGCUCAACAAACUGACCACCAUGCAUUGCCACACCCUCUACGAGCUGCGCAUGCGCAACGCGUACAUGAGUCACUUCAGUGUUUGCCUGAACCAAAGGCGACUGACUGGCGUUUUCGAGCAGCCUCCGCCGGCGGAGUUGGCUUGGGUCGACUUCUCGGAGAAGCCAGAGGCUCAGCAGUGCCCAAACCUGACUGAAAUGCAGCGUUCCUGCGAUCUGAAUCAAUCCUCUCUAGCCGCAGUGACCUCCUCCUCUUCGUCAUGCCACUGCAGCGGUAAACGAUCGACAUCUGAGUACUGGGACACCUUCUCGAAUUGUGGUCGUCCUUCCGGCGGGACUAGUGAAUCCAUUUUAAAACCACAACUGCAGACAAGGCGAUGGCUCCUCCCUUCCGUUCCCACGACCAGUGAUAACGAUGUGCGUCAGCUUUACAAAAACCAAAAAGCGAAUUUUCGUUCAAACCAAUCUUCUACCUCUGCCACGCAAUCGUACACCAGUCGAUCUCAAUCUUCGCCGUCUAAAUUUUCACUCAGAAGUCACAAGCCAAACGCUUUUCAAAAUUCCGAUAGUCAGAAGUCACCCGAAGAUGUUCGGAAUCGUAUGAUCGAUUUAAUGGAACUUAUUAGGAUGGAACUGCGUGGUGAACCGAUUCUGGAUAAAAAAGACAUUUUGGAGGAGGAGUUGAAAAGAUAUAGGAAUUUCUUCGAGCUUCAUUUGCAGGAUGGUUUGAACUUUGACCCGCAUUCCAACUCGGCUCGUGUUCAUGUGCUUCUCAACAUGCAAAAAGAUCUGAUAAGGAUGCUCAAAGAGGAUUUGGCAUAAUGACAUAUGUUUCAGAAUUAGUUUCAUAAUAAAAGAUCCCUUUUUGUAA